GCCUCUCCUGCUAGCUAACUGGCUAAGCUAGCUCGGCGGCUAACGUCUCUCCUCAGUGCAAUUAGUUGAGACGCACCGGCUCCAUCAAACCACGGUGCUGUUAGGACUGAACUGACUCUCUUAAAAUUUACACACGACACAGACAGACCGCGCACACCGAAGGAACACGGAGCAUAGGCAUCCAAUUGUCAAAUAACUGAAGAUGAUUAAGCUUUUUUCCCUGAAGCAGCAGAAGAAAGACGAGGAAUCUGCUGGAGGAAAUAGAACAGGAGCCGGGGGUAAAAAAGCCAGCGCGGCCCAGCUCCGAAUACAGAAAGACAUCAAUGAGUUGAACCUGCCAAAGACGUGUGAGAUCAACUUCCCUGAUGACGAUGACCUCCUCAACUUCAGACUCAUCAUCUCACCAGACGAGGGUUUUUACAAAGGAGGAAAAUUUGUCUUCAGCUUUAAGGUAGGACAGGGUUACCCCCAUGACCCCCCCAAGGUGAAAUGUGAGACGAUGGUGUAUCACCCCAACAUCGACCUGGAAGGAAACGUCUGCCUAAAUAUCUUAAGGGAGGACUGGAAGCCUGUGCUGACAAUAAACUCCAUCAUCUACGGUCUACAGUAUCUGUUUCUAGAGCCAAACCCUGAGGACCCGCUGAACAAGGAGGCAGCAGAAGUCCUCCAGACAAACCGGCGGCUCUUUGAGCAGAACGUCCAUCGCUCUCUGAGGGGCGGAUACGUGGGGGCCACCUACUUCGAGAGGUGUCUUAAAUAACUUGGUGUCCCAAGGCCCCCCCCCCCUUCCCCCUCCCCCCCACUCCUCCUUCCCCUCUGCCUCACCCCUCCUUCCCCUUUUGCUCCCCAGUCCUGCUCGUUGGCAGAAGCAGGAGUUGCAGUGACAGAAAGCCGCGUGGCCAGAAGACGCUUUUCUGUUUUAAAACAAAAGAAGACAAUGAAGACACCCCACCCUCCAUCUUAUCCCUUCCCCCCCCCCUCCUCCCAUAUUUCUCUCUGUUUUACUUCCAAGACGCAGCAUUGGGCUGUUUACGCGCCACAGGGGGAUGCAGACACACAGCACACAGGAAACGGACUUGAAAAGAUGGCUGACGGAGAGUGGCGUCCGAGGGGGGUGGGUGGGGAGGCGGGGGCAGGUGUGCGUGGUCAGUGAAUGUUGCUUGGGUGAGUCAGUGAUUUAGAAAACGCCAUAACACUGAUGAUGAUGAUACCCACCUGAUUUUCUUUUAUUUUUUUUAUUUUGUGUAUAUGGCAAACACCCCUGUAUCAGACAGGUGGUCAGAGGACACGCCCUCUCCUUCUCGCCGCCUUUUAUUUGUUCAUCAGCUGGCAGCAAACUCCAAACUCAGGAGCAGCAGGAUUUCUGUGCACGCCGUGUUUGGUUACAGGAAACUGCUCCAGCCUGGCCGUGACAGUAGAUAUGUGGUCCAAUGAGAAACGUUCCUCUGUGGUCACAGGAUGGAGGGAGGGGUUUGUUAGAGUGGGAGGGGCUUUGAGUCUCAACAGGGUCAUUUAAAAAGUCCCUGAAGACAGACUAUACAGUCAGUUUUUAUGGGAAUGGUCAGCUUAUGGUUCUUUUUGUUGAGAUUCCGUUUGGAGUUUGCUGCUAAAUCACACACACACACACACACACACACACACACACAAGGUGCUAGGCCAGGUGUGUUGUGCCAGGUGGGCUGGGCUUUGGGGGACGGGGAACAGUGUGUUUGUUUAAAGGAGUUGGGGGGAGGGGUUCAUGUUUCUUUUUUUGCGGGUGGGUGGUUUGUGGUGGGCGGGGUCACAGAGGGGCGGGGCUUAAAUGUUACAAUACUAUUGUGUAUAUGGAAACCCCAGCUGUUGACAUUGACUGCAAUAUGAUUUAUGUUAAAUAAAAUAUGAACUUGAAUGAUUCUAA